AUAAUUUUUAUUUUCACACUGUUUACAUUCCCAUUUAUGGGAACCGAACCCGAAAAACUUUAAGCAAUUUUAUAUAUUUAUUUCGGUAGCGCUUUUAUAAAUUAUCUUGUAAGUGCCAAAGAGCUUAGACAUAAAUGUACGAGUGCAUUCGUUGUGGUCAUCGAAGAAACAGUUUGAGUCCUCGAAUUGGCGACAACUUCAAAUUCGGCAGAGAGGAUUAUGUUGAGGGAGCUUCGAGCUGGUGUAACUUCUGCAGCGAGUUGACCUUCUUUACAAAGAGCAACAGUACGACACAGGACGACAGUAUGGCUAAGCAACAGAAAAAUUGGGCCGUGGAGGCCGUGGAUCCUCCGAAAAACGGGCCAUCCUUCACUAUACUGCCCAACAGGAAUGGAUAUUUGAAUCGGAAUCUUCAGAUUCCACGUGAUAAUGAUGCACCGCCACCUGUUACACCACUUAACGUUCCUUUAAAUUUUAUUACUCGACCCCAGACUGAUAAGCCGAUCCUAGGCCACUCAAGCCCAGUAAAGAAAACGAAAAAAGCUGAAAUGAUGCCGCGCACUGCAAGAUCUCCAAAAGUUAAGGGUAUUGAACUCUUACGAUCUACGCCACCCAAGCAUCUGAGUCUAGAAUUACCCCUAAAUCCGGAUCGUCGUUUGUCGCCAGUUAACCCGUAUAAGAUGAACCAAAAGCAUCGCGUUGAACGACAUCAAAUCUCAGGCACUUCCAACAAAAAAGUAAAAGGCUCAGAACUAUAUAUGGGAUAUUCUGGUCCGGUAUUUUCCCUCAAGGAUAUCAAGAAGCUGCAGCGUCACUUUGCUGCCGAUGAUUCUGAGCCGGGGACUUCCAGGCAAGACAGCCAUGUUCAGAGCAUAGCCAGGAGUGAAGGGAAAGUUUUAAAUUCUAGCCACAUUACGUUUAAAAAAAAACUUACCGAGAAACGGCAACAAAUGAGGAAGUUGGCUUCAAUGCGAACGAGGCUUAAUGUGAAAUAUCAGAUGACUCAAAUGGAACUGGACGACCUGGAGCGCAUGAACCAUCGGUCGCCAACAGGACGACGUAAGCGACAGAGUGGUGGAGCUCACAUCACAUUGUCACGUCUAGUGUCGAAAAUGGAAAUCGGAAAACGAAUAGAAGAAAGCAGGAAGUUGCUCAAGGAGGAAACUCUUGAAACCCUACUAAAAGCUCUAGGCGAAGAUAAUUUACCAUUUGUGAAUGGAAAGAACUUGGUUAAGGAUCAGAAAUCGCUGGACAGUCUGAAACCAUUGGGCACACGUCCGACAACGGAAACGGAAAUGGAAAGUGUUGCUGAAACCGUUAUUUAUAGCGAUUUCGGCUCGGAAACGGAAACACAUAUAGAUAGCACCUCAUCGACGGCUUGCGAAUCUGUGAGGACGAAGACUAUUUAUAUACCCUUGCCCUGUCAGCUGAGAAACCCCUUUGCAUCCCCCGAAAAAGUGGGAUACUACAUGCCCAAUGCCUAUCAUCCCAAGGAUAAUAUUCAAGAAUCGCAGCCUUUGGUCACGUCUCCCAGGCUUUGCACCCUAGUGUCCUCGGCACAACGGGCACUCUUCACUCGCUUCGUCAACGAUCCCUUGGAUAUAGUAAGGCUAAUCCAAAGUAUGGACGAAUCGACGGAAGUCUCCCUGAACGCGCCCAGAGCUCAGUUCUCCACCAUAGCUUGUGCGGAGAGGGAACUGCCGCGCUUGAUCGAGAAGAAACCCUAUGUGACCAGGAGGGAAGGAGCCAAGGAAUUUGAUGUUUCCCGAUCACCAGUCCGUUGUCCCGAUCACGACUGUCAGCGGCUGUGCUUUGUCUCGGAUUUUAAUACCCACAUGCUGCUCGAUCAUCGUUCUCUAACCAUGGAGCGGAUUAAGGCAAGGCAUACCAAGACCUUCUUCUUGGACACCAACAUGACGAUGCUGGACAAAGCCAAGUGUCACAUGGUUUAUAUGGUGCGGGAUAAGGUUAUCGACACCCAGGCCGAGGAUUUGAACGAUCUGUUGCCCGUGAUGGUAAUGAGUGGCCGCACCCACUUAUCGAAGUCUUUCGGUCAUGAGGAACUUCGUACUACGGGAGUUCUUAGUCGGCAAAAACCCACUUCGGAUAUAGAGAUGUUUGUUCUCUGGCUGACCGGAUUUAUACCACGCAAUAUACAACUACUGGCUACCAUUUCGCUCUGGUCCACUCUGGGUCCCCAGAUGGCCGAUUGCGUUGGCGUUAACACUGGUUAUGUCUACGAUAUCCGAGCACCCAGCGAUGUGGGCCAAGUAUUGCGCAGUCGGUGCUCCAUGAUACUGCCCAUGAGCAUGAUCAAAAAAAUGACCAAUAAUGCGCGCAGAUUCCUAGCCGUUCAGGUGCAGGUUUAUUAAAUUUUUAAGUACUGAUUACAUAGGUUUUAAUAAAAUACAACUUUUGUUACAAGUGAAA